GCUCUUCUUUACUUUACUUCCCGAUUGCUCUUCUUUACCCAUCUUCCAUCUACUGCACUUUUCACCAGAUCCCAAGCUUGACUUUUCUUGCAUCUUCAUUUGUCGAUUGCUGACUAUACACAUCUUCUCAAUUAGCCAAUUGCCUCAUCUUUUUUUCCCUUUUUUUUUAUUUUGCAUCUAUCUCUGCCGAUUGCUUGCAGUACCCAUCUUCCAUCUGCCAUAUAGCUACACCAAAUCCCAAUUCCAACAUCCUCAUCUUCCUCAUCCCAGAUCUAGCGGGUAAGCUCCCUUUCUUCAAACUUAAAUCUUCUAGAUUGUGGGUUUUAUUACUACAUCUUUUUUUCCCUUUUUGAUUUCUAUAAAGCUUGGCUUUUGCUUUCAAUUUCCAUGUGAAUUUCUUGGUUUUCUUCCUAUUCAUCAAUCUAAAUGUGGGGAAGAGUAAUCAGGCAACAUUAACCUUUACAUAAAGACAUUGGGGUAUAAGAUUCAUGAUGUGGAAGCUGAGUAUUAUGCUGAUGGUGGGGAUGCAUAUGACAUGUGGAAGAGGCUAAAGGGGAAGCAGAACCAUCACCAUUAGCAUGGUGGUGGGUGUUGUUCUAGUAAGGCAAGAAGUUCAAAGGGGACCCAAAGAAGAGGAGACUCAAAAUCAGAGUCCAAAGCCAACACCAAAUCAGAUACAAAAAUAGGAUGAUGGUGGGAGUUUCCUGAUCAUUAUCACAAGAGAAAAGAAUGCGAGAGAAAUGCAUUCCAAUGACUCAGACACCCAUUUACAAUUGAUGUGAUCCUUUACAUCAUGGUGUUAUCGAGAAACAGAGGAGUUAUCAAAAUGCAGGUGUAGAUGUUACUUUUGGGUGAAGUUUUAAGGUGAUGGAUGGAUAUAUAGUUAUUCCUCUCAAAAAAUGUUGGGAGAACAUUGCAAAAUAGGCUUCUUCUUUUUUUUUUUUGUCUUGUAUCACAACUGCCUUAGACUUGCUGUAUUGCAACUCUCUUUGUUGAUUAAAUUAGAGAGAUCAUACUUGAUGUACAAUUUGGUAGCCAAUAAACUUUGGUUUUUCAC